GGUGGACGAGCGCUUCCCCGCCUGCAUCCGGGACGCCGUGUCGCAGGUGCUGAAGGGCUAGGACUGGAGCCUGGUGCCCAUGCCCGUGCGCGGCAGCGGGGCGCUCAAGGCCAAGCCGCACGUCAAGCGGCCCAUGAACGCCUUCAUGGUGUGGGCGCAGGCCGCCCGCAGGAAGCUGGCCGACCAGUACCCGCAUCUGCACAACGCCGAGCUCAGCAAGACCCUGGGCAAGCUCUGGCGUUUGCUAAGUGAAAACGAGAAACGUCCCUUUGUGGAAGAGGCCGAGAGGCUCAGAGUUCAGCACAAGAAGGAUCAUCCGGAUUAUAAAUACCAGCCACGGAGGAGGAAAAGUGUAAAAGCUGGCCAGAGUGAUUCUGAUUCAGGAGCGGAGCUCAGCCAUCAUGCAGGGAGCCAGAUCUACAAAGCAGAUACCGGGCUAGGAGGUGUGGGGGAUUCUCACCAUCACAGUGAUCACACAGGGCAAACUCACGGACCACCCACCCCUCCUACCACCCCUAAAACGGACCUCCAUCAUGGGAGCAAACAGGAGCUGAAACACGAGGGGCGCCGCCUAGUGGAGAGUGGCCGUCAGAACAUAGACUUCAGCAACGUGGACAUCUCCGAACUCAGCAGCGAGGUCAUUAACAUGGAGACCUUUGACGUGCGGGAGCUCGACCAGUAUUUGCCACUGAACGGCCACUCCGCCAUGCCGGCUGACCAUGGGCAGAACGCUUCCACGGGCCCGUACGGCCCUUCUUAUUCCCAUUCAGCCAACGGCAGCAGUGGAGCAGCCCAAGUUUGGACUCACAAAAGCCCAUCCUCGGUGUCCCCGACUUUAAACGAAACCGGCCAGCAGAGACCCCAUAUCAAAACGGAGCAGCUCAGCCCCAGUCAUUACAGCGAUCAGUCCCAUGGGUCUCCAUCUCACUCCGACUAUGGUUCCUACAGUGCACAGGCGUGUGCCACUACGGCAUCCACCCCAACAGCUGCGGCUUCUUUCUCCAGCUCGCAGUGCGACUACACAGACCUCCAGAGUUCGAAUUACUACAACCCUUACUCCGGCUACCCCUCCAGCAUUUACCAGUAUCCGUAUUUCCAUUCCUCCCGGCGCCCCUACGCCACACCCAUCCUGAACGGCUUAUCCAUCCCUCCUGCUCACAGCCCCACGGCUAACUGGGACCAGCCCGUCUACACAACCCUGACGAGGCCUUAGAGGCUGGAAGGAAUCUUCCCAAAACUAUAUGCACUAAUGAAGGAAUGAAGAAAAACAAAGUGGAGUGCCGUGGCAAAUUCUUAAGUGCCUGCUGAGCCACUGGGAACUCUAUUCAUUGGGACUGGGUGUCUGUUGCUUCGAAAUCGCCAAACUUUAAAAGACAGAGUUCUAUUUUUCUUUAAUGAAAACAAACAAAAAAACUAACGGAUGGGAAAUUCCUUUUUGAGUAAAUGAAGGACAAAACUGCGUGACUCCUCUGUGAGGACUGAAGCGAACUUCUUAGUUUUGAACGUCUGAGUGCAAAACCAGAAAGAUGUACGAGACUUUAAGGGUCUAUUGCAAUGUGAGAUACGGACCAGCCUUGGAGGCAAGAACUCACUAGGACCAAUUAAUAUAUACAAAGCAUUUCCGCUAUUCCAUAUAACGAUCUUAUGGGAACAUAGCCGAGUCGGCUAGGACCAACCAGUUAAAUGUCUGAGGUGUGUGUUUUAGUCAAGAGUUCUUUCUAAGCAAGGUUUGGCU